AUGCCGACGGCGAAGAAGAAGACGAAAAAGAUGGCCACCACCGAAGACCCGCUAUCGUCAUCUGGCGUUUCGUCGUUGUCGGGAAUCUCGUCGUUCGACAUUCGCAAAAUCACCAUCUUCAAGAAUGGCGAUCGAUUUCAUCGUGGUGUGAAGUACGUCAUCAAUCCGCGCGUCAUCAAAGAUAUGGAGCCGCUUCUGAAUCAGCUGAAUGAGCGCAUCGAGUUGUCGCAUGGCGUCAAACGCAUCUACACCAAGGACGGCAAAUUGGUGAAGGGGAUUAAAGAGUUGGAAGAUGGAAAGAUCUACGUCGCCGCUUCAUCGGCGUUCAUUCCAAUGCGAUACGGCGAGUUUGAAGAGCGCGUGUGGAUGCCGCCGAGUCGCAAACACAGUCCGAUAUUCAACGACGAUCGUCUGCGGACGGCGCGAACGCGAAGCCAGGAGCCGCGCAAAACGGCCGCCGCGGUGACGCGCAGCCGAUCGGUUCGCGCCGUCGUCGCGCCGCGUCACGAGGCGGCGAAACGACCGCCGCCGAGUAAAGUGUCGAUCGAGAACGGCAAGAAGGCGAUGAGAAAUGCGACGAAAGCGGCGGCGCCCAAAGCGAAACCGCCACCGACACCGAAGAAGAAGGCGCCGACUGCUGGAAACGCCAAUCAACCAGCAGCUUCGGCUUCAAGGGCGUCGAUUGCCUCGUCGGUCAUGCCGAAUCCGGUGGCAAGUGGCCAAGCGGAAAUCAUUGAGUUCCCCGAAGAGGCGAAAGUGGUGAAUGUGGAGACGAUUCAUAAGACGCCGACGCCGCCGACGUCGCCGCCGCCGAAGCGAGCGCCGACACCCAAGUCGGUUUCAGAAGUGCAUAGUGAAGAGGAGAAGAACGCAUCUGAAGAGGAAGAAGCUUCUGGCUCAGAGGAAGCCGGUGAAGAAGAGGAGUCCGACGAGGAAGGGGCCGAAUCGUCGGAAGCCGAAUCUGUAGAAGCCGAUUCUGAUGUGGAGACGCCGUCGUCGAGAAAAUCAUCAUCUGCUGUAUCAUCUCAAGGCGAUGAUAGUGAAAAUGAGGAGAAGAAAGCGACCUCCUGA